GUAGAGAUAAAAUCACCCAGUGCUGGAGAGAGAGAUGUCUGAUGCUGACCCAAGGCGUUGACAGGUGGAGGACAGUGAACGCUUCCCUAUGAGGGGAUGUGUAGAUCAGCGAAACACAAACACUGAGACCAACACAACCGUGUGUGUCUGUGUGAGUGUGUCUGUCUGUCUGGCUGUGUGCAACCCCCGGGAUCAACCAUGUGCACUUUACGACUGUGUUUGGUGCACAUGAUGUACAACUCUAUCAAUGUGGUGAUCGCGCUGGUGUGUGGCAUCAUUACCGCCUUCCUGAUGGUGCUGGCACUGGCUUCCUCCGACUGGCUAUUGGCGGUGGGUUGGCGUCAAGGCCUCUUCGAACACUGUGUUGAGCCCGGUGCCCCAAACCUCUCCCUUCAAAUCAACGCAGAGGCGGGAUGUCACACAGCGAGAGACGAGCCAUACAUCAUGGCGAGUGCAGCAUUGUGUGUCAUCUGUCUGCUGCUCGACAUCUUCGCCACCAUCAUGACGGGUCUCGGGCUCAGCAACAACGACCCCACCGUCAAGACUCGCUAUUACCGCAUCGCUGUCUGGGUCAUGACUCUGGCAUUGAUCGCCAUCUUGGUCGCCCUCAUCCUGUAUCCAGUCUUCUUCGCUCAGGAGCUAGAGCUUGGUAACCGAACUCUGUGGGAAUUUGGAUGGGCCUAUGGUGUUGGGUGGGGGUCAGCCAUCUUCCUGUUUGGGGCUGUGGUGUUGCUACUGUGUGACCAGGAGGAAGAGGAGAUCUAUUACAAGGAACGGACCAUCAUUCAUGCUGAAAAUGACUCCAGGGCCUAAGUCGAACCUGCACUACAAAUCAACAUGGAUCCGAGGCCUUGCAGUACAGUACUUCACACUGACAAUAUGAAGAACAACUCCAGCGACUCAAACUAUGAGUGCCUGUUGUGCACUGACAGUAUGAAAUAUAUAUAUGUGGCUCUCCACGGACAGACUGUUGACGUGUGCUGCUUAUUUAACUCCCAAAGGAAAUAUUUGGGAAGCAAAUGCCAAAGUACGGUGUUAGCACCAGAGUCACGGCAGUAAGGUAUCGACUCCUGGGGAUAAUUUACGAGUUUUCGGUCUCUCUCCCAUUGUCCUCGCGUGUGAUUGAGCCCGUCGUUUGCCGUUUAUCCUUGAAUGGAAUUAUACGAUGAAUGUCGUGGUGGUGUGGGUGUGUGACCAGUGUGUUUGUUGUAUAUUUUGUGUAUGCCUACAGUUCCCACUCAGUCUCGACCUUUUGUGCAUGUCCUUAUUUCCCCGGUAAAGCCGUACAUAUACUGUAGUUGAAACAUGUAGGAAACUUUUGCUAUGCUCACGUUGGAGACGUUUUAUAUGAGCUGGGUCUCAUUGUGAGAGUCAAAAUACAGUACUCCUGCGGGCAACUUAUGUGGUGGUUAAGGUUUUUCAUAUCAUAUUUCUUCCCUUGAAGCAUCUGUCUUUAGGACUCGGGUGAGGUUUGUACCCACCUUAGAAUAGUGGUGGCAGAGACCAGGUAACUGUACUGCUGCCUCUUGUGAAGAGAAUACUGUAAUGAAAAUCCAUUACAUUUGAACAGUAAAUGUUAAUGGUAAAUAAAUACAUAUCUGCCAGUGUAGAUCUUAAUGAGUCAGUAAUGUAGAUCAAAUUAGUUAGAUAAUAUUGUUUAUCUGGUGAUAAAUUGUCAUAUUAGGUGAGGAUUGUUAAUCACUAAACUUGGGUUGGUAAUAUUUAUUAGACCACAAAAACUGCAUUACUCUAACCUUAGUGUGCCUGCACCAGCCUUCCAAUUUAUUCAACUGGUCAUUUUUAAACCUUUUUCUUUAUGUUUUAGAUAUUUCUUAUAUGAAAAAUGUUUUUGGAUGUACAGUUGUUACUAGCAUUAACCAUCUUGUUUUGUUCUUUACUUUUAUCACACGUGUCUUCAUGGUAUCUGCCGUACAUACUGCUGAAGUUAUAUUUACUUGCAUGUUCAUGGCAGCCAUGGCAAGUCCUCUAGCAUGUUGCCAACAUUUUCUCUGAGCCAGACAGGAGGGCUUCAUAUCACCACCCUCUUAUGGGUCUCUUAAGCAUGAAAAUUUUACUCUUGAAAUUUGUGAACUUAUCUGUAUGACGCAGAAGUAAGCUCUAAGUAACUCCAUAUACUUCACAUAUAUCAACUUCUUGUUCAUCAUUACAACUAAGUUAUAUUGAGAUCCAAAAUUAUAUAAAUUGAAAGUAACUGAAGCCCCACUUUAGCAGGAACCUUCUUUAAACUACCAACCAAUAUUGGUCCUGAGCCUGUACUGUAUUGGUGGCUGCCAGUGUAUUGUACUGUACACACUUAAUCACUGGCUUAAACUCUGAGUACUAUCCUAUACAGCAGAGCAGCUAACUACCAGUCUCUUGUACAGCAGAGCAGCUAACUACCAGUCUCUUGUACAGCAGAG